AUGUCGGCAGUCUUUGGUGUUUCUGAAUUGGCAAGAACCACUGUCUCAUCGACCUCUGCAGCUGAAGCUACAAAGCGUGCCCUCGCUCUCUAUCGAACUUUCCAGAAAUCGGUUCCCGAAAUCCAAAAGUUGUAUGAGCUCGAUCUUCCUGAGUCAGCUUUGCGUGCCAAGAUCCGUGAGGAAUUCGAAAAGAACCGCCAUGUCACCGAUGUCCAAGUACGCGAUGUGUUGCUUGCCAAGGGUCAAAUGGAAUAUCAAGAAACUAUGAAUCUCUGGAAGCAGCAAACUCAUGUUUACCGUUACUUUGCCGAAGAGGAGGCUGCUCCCAAGCCCGUUACUUUCUUGGACAAGUUCUUUGAUGGCAGAUCUCCUUAA